GCCAGUGUGUCGCUCCCGCGCGAGUUUAGAGCAGGCCGGGGUUAAGAUGGCGGCGCCCGUGUUGAGAGUGUCUGUGCCGCGCUGGGAGAGCGGGGCCCGGUAUGCGGUGUGUGUGCUGGGGAUCGUGCUGUCCAUCUAUGCCUACCACGUGGAGAGGGAGAAGGAGAGGGACCCUGCCUACCGGGCUCUAUGCGACGUCAGCGAGUGGGUGCGCUGCUCCACUGUCCUGUCCUCCAGAUGGGGUCGAGGAUUUGGCAUGUUGGGUACCAUCUUUGGAAAGGAGAGUGUAAUGAACCAGCCAAACAGUGUGUUCGGACUUGUAUUUUAUUUUGUACAGUUGCUACUUGGUAUGACUGUGAGUGCAGUGGCAGCAUUAGUGUUAAUGACUUCCUCCAUCGUGUCGGUAGUAGGGUCACUUUACCUGGCGUACAUUCUGUACUUUGUGCUGAAGGACUUCUGUGUUAUCUGCAUCACCACCUAUGUGCUGAACUUCAUUCUCUUUAUCAUCAAUUACAAACGACUAGUUUACUUGAAUGAGGCAUGGAAACAGCAGCUGCAGGAUAAACAGGAAUAAACGGUUUCUUCAACUGUGACUGGCACCUAAAGUACACUGCUUCCUUAAUGUUUAUUUUGCAGUACAUUUUAUUGGUUAGGGACAGUUUUCAAGAAAGAACAAUCUUAACUAUUUUUUUUUCUUUUUUUUAAUUUCUUUUGACUAAACGGACCCUGAAUAUUUUUUUUUUUUUGUGUGUGUAUAUUUGCUCUGGCACCUCAUCAUAAUGAAAUGGAUGGAUGAAGGCUUAAGGAUCUCCUAGUUAUGAGUGACAAGCUUUAACUGUACUCACUAUGUGUUUGGUUGAAAGGCACACCUUACCAUCUUCUCCUCUCACCUCCAUCACCUAUGGACCUCCCUGUGCCCUAUCUAUGUAUGUGUGUGUCAAACCUUUUUAAUGCGGGUAUUUUUGUGCAAGAUCUAAUCAUGUGGCUAUUUACUUGUUCAGAAUUGUUAUUUUGCCACAUAUCUUUGGUGGCCGUGGGAUGUAUUUAACUUAUUCACAGGAGACAAAUUGCAGCCAAAAAACAAACCGUUCUGUGUUUUAUUUCUGAUUGGCUAUUCUAGUAUAUUACCCCUUUUACUCCUAACGCAAUCGGCAGUUUGCAUUGUUUGCCGUCUUCCUGAAGACUUUUCCAGAUGAGCAGUAUAUUUUAAUGGAUUAUUUGCUUGUGUUUUAGCUGCUAAAUGCAAAAUAUGGCCGUUACAAAUGUGUGCAUCUUAUACAGGUGACCUUGUAAUAAGUCAGCCUUUGGGUGCUUGGCAUCAUCUAGUAUCUAGUUCAUAUAAGGUCCUAUGUGCUUGACACAGCUUAUAACAUGCAAGCUUCCUGCAUAACACGGAUGCAGGUUACAAAUGGUCUGUGUGUGACAUUCUCAGUGUUGGCUCUGUCAAUUUAAGUGAAUAAUGGUUGCCAUAUUCUUUCAAAAUAGGCCAUUUGUUGAAGUUAUAGAACUUUGUGCGUGUUUUAAAAAAAAAAAAAAUUUAUUGUUGCAAAUUAUCGUAAAGCAGUUCUACAGUCAAAGAUGGUCAUGGUAACUUAUACUGUAUGAGAAAAGCAAUUAUGUUCUCACAGUUGUGGACAAAUGAUGCAUUAGGACAGGUGAACAAUCAGAAAUACCUUUAGUUGACUACAUUGUAUUACCCAGAUCUCCGAUCAAAUAUGUACCUCGCGUUGUUUGAGAUCCUGUUAACAUUCCAAUUUAUGUGUUUAUGGCAAGUAGAUGGUAGGAAAUCAACUUUAGUUUAAAUUAUUGAGGUG